AUGAAUAAAAUAUAUCAAGUUUGCCGUGUAUGCUUGAACUCUGACAAAAAUAAAUACAUAUCCUUAAAUGAUACAUACAAACAAUUUUUACUGUUCGAACACAUAAAUUCUAUAACUAAUAUAAAAAUAAAAUCCAAUGAUGGAUUUCCAGAUAAAAUAUGUGAGUUAUGUUUUGAUCAACUUUGUUCAGCUGUUGACUUUAAGGAUAAGUGUGAACAGUCUAAUGAUACAUUGACUAAACAAUCUGUUAAAGAAGAAGUCGAAUUCAAUUAUAAUUAUCACAUAAUAGUUAAAAAAGAAGAAUUUAAAGCAAAUGCAGUAAAAUUGGAAGAAAAUUGCCAUGAUGAUAGUUUUGAUUAUAGUUAUGAAUAUGAUAAUGAGGAUAACACAAAAAUUUUGAUCAGAUCUGAACCCCUCGAUGGUCGUAAAAGUAGAGUUAAUCUAAACUUGGAAUGCCACGACUGUGGUAACACAUUCAAAUCUAAAUGCAAGCUUAGUGUUCAUUGGAAAAAAACUCACAUGCAGGAAAGUUUGAUUUGUUCAGAUUGUAAAAGAACAUUUAAAAGUUACAAAGCAUAUCAUUUGCAUAGAAAAAAAAAGACAAAGAGUUGUCUAACUGCAACUAAUAAAAAUAUAACAAUAGAGGGUGUAGGAAAAAGUAGAAUAUUUAAAUGCCAAGAGUGCAAUUAUAAAACUUCAAAAAUAAAAGAUAUGUCAGCUCAUCUAGUCAUACAUAGUGGGGAAAGGCCAUUUCAGUGUCAUUUAUGCCCUAAUACAUAUACUCAACACAGUUCCCUUCAAAGUCAUAUAGAAGGUGCACAUAAAAAUUAUUUUGUAGAAAUAACUUGUCAUUUUUGUGGUAAAUAUAUUAAAGGUCGGAGAAAUGUUUAUAGACAUUUGAAGGGUCACACAGACGAGGACAUAACCUGUACUGUAUGCAAAAAAGUAAUGAAAAAGAAGAGUUAUUAUAUUCACAUGAAAAGGCAUAGUGGAGUAAGAUCUUUUACAUGUGAGAAAUGUGCUUCCACAUUCUAUACUAGUGCAGAACUGUGCAAUCAUAAGCGAUGGGUACAUAAUAAAUCUGAAAACAUGUUUAAAUGUGAUCUGUGCGGUUAUAAAUGUGCUAAAUCAUAUAAUGUCAAACAACAUAAAAGCAAACAUACAGACAAAAACUUUCCUUGUACAAUUUGUGGCAGAUUUUACUUAAGUAUUGAAAAGUUAACAACACAUCAGAAAAUGCAUUAUGAUGAAAAGAAAUAUUCUUGUCCACAAUGUGAUACAAAGUUCUAUAAACAAGAUUCAAUUAGAAAACACAUGAGACUUAAACAUUCAGUGAUAUUAUUUAAAGAACCAAAGACGGUGCCUAUUGAAGUGAAGACAGAAAAUGUGGGUGUAUCGCAAAAUGAUAAUGCAGACAUAGAAAUUGAAAACGCACCUUUAGGA